UUGGAAGUUGAAACAACACCGGCGAACUUUCAAACCAACCGACGAAGAAGCCUUAAUUACAAAGUUACCAACUCCAACACCCCCCAACCUCUCUCUACCAAAAAUUACAAAUUCCAAAUUCGCCGGAGCACGUGACUCGCCGCCCGCGCCUCCCUCUCCCCGGAUCUCCGACCACGUGACCUCCGCCCCCACCCGCCCGAGAGAAGAAGAAGGACCCUUCAUAUUUUCCACUCCAUUUCCCGUAUCAUUUUUCAUGUCAAGGCGCGCGCAAAAUCAACGUCUCUGAUCGUCCGUUGGAUCCGUAGAUUUUGUGAUUGUCCAGUUCGAAUCUGAAUCAGGAGCUCAGUUUCCAUGGCGACGAGGAAUCGGACCUUGGUUUUCAGGAAGUAUAGGGAUGCGUUGAAGAGCGUCCGCGCUCCCACGAGCUCCUACGCUUCGCCAUCUACGAGCUCCGGUGGCGGUCCGGUCAUUGAAUUGGUCAGCACUUCGCUUUUGAAUCCCAACCGGAAUUAUGCCCCGCUCAGUACUGAGGAUCCCGGUAAUUCAAGUCGUGGUGCACUUACUGUUGGUCUACCGCCAGCAUGGGUGGAUCUAUCUGAAGAGAUAGCAGCAAACGUGCAGCGUGCACGGGUAAAAAUGGCUGAGCUAACUAAGGCUCAUGCAAAGGCUUUAAUGCCUUCUUUUGGAGACGGUAAAGAAGAUCAACGCUUGAUUGAGAGUCUUACGCAAGAGAUAACGAAUUUGAUAAGGAAAUCUGAGAAGACACUACAGAGACUUUCUGCAGCUGGGCCUUUUGAAGAUUCAAAUGUUAGAAAAAAUGUGCAGCGAUCUCUUGCCACUGACCUUCAAACCCUCUCAAUGGACCUUCGCAAGAAACAGUCAACUUAUUUGAGGCGACUCAGGCAGCAAACAGAGGGUCAAGAUGGGGAUGAUUUAGAGAUGAACCUAAAUGGAAGUACGUCGAGAAUGGAUGGUGAUGAUUUGGAUGACAUGAUGUUUAAUGAGCGUCAGAUGGCCAAGAUAAAGAAAAACGAGGCAGUCACAGCAGAAAGGGAAAGAGAGAUCCAACAGGUUGUGCAAUCUGUGAAUGAGCUUGCUCAGAUAAUGAAGGAUUUGGCAGUACUAGUGAUAGACCAGGGAACUAUUGUUGAUAGGAUAGACUACAACAUCCAGAAUGUAGCAAGUACAGUCGAUGAGGGCCUCAAGCAAUUGCAAAAGGCUGAGAGAACACAGAAACAAGGGGGAAUGGUGAUGUGUGCUAGCAUACUCGUUAUCAUGUGCUUUGUCAUGUUGGUCCUCCUAAUCCUCAAGGAGAUAUUCUUUUGAUCUGCAAGCGAAAUAACAGUUGAUUCCAGAUUUUGGUUUCAUACUAGUUGUCAUGACCCUUCGAACUUCUAAAUGCGCAAAGAUGCUCUCCGUAGUAGAAGAUUAGACAAGUUUUGGAGUGCCUUAGUUACAUAUACUACAUCAAGUGACCAUCUGUGGGUAUUACUGUAUUGCUAGGAAAAGGUAAGGGGAAGGGGUAAUGAUUCAUUGGGGAAUGAAUGCCCCGGAAUCUGUAUAGAGCUUAAAAUACAUGUUCUCCAUGGGGAAGGGCGUUUUGUUUUCGCCAAGGGAUCUAUGUUGAUUCUUCCGAUUUUUAUUUGCCGGGAUUUUGUGCUUUCAUUCCCCAGAACUCGUGUGUAAGAUGAGGCAUUUAUUUGUUCCAUUGUAUGUUUGAUCGUUCAAUAAAGUGAAAUACAUCAAUUUUUAGCUCCCAA